AGAAACAAAACAGUGAUCCAAAAAUCCAAACACAAAAUCCAAAACAAACCUUUUUUCACUUUUGCUUUUUUCCCCAGAUUUCCUGUCUUCCUUUGUUUUCUUUCCAUGAUCGGUAAAACAAAUGGGUCGGGUCGCCGGAUUCUUACUUUUCCGGCGGUUCAUCCAUGCGUGAAUGUUUCUCUCUCUACCGUAAUCGCUUCCCUCAUAGCCCUCUCUCGCUCCAUCUCGAGUUUCCAAUGGAGAACCUUCCCUUGCAACAAGCGAAACGCGAGGAACGCCAUUCGUUUGGUUCAUCUUCUCCAACCUUUCAUCGACGAGAUCCGGGAAAACCAAUCGGGACUUCCGGAUUCGGCUACGCUUUCGUUUUCCGAGCUCCACUUGACCUUCCAGAAGCUUCUUUUCCUAUUGGAAGAUGCUACACGUGAAGGUGCAAGGUUGACGAUGUUGAUGGAGUCGGAUCGAGUCGCCACACAGUUUGUGGUUUUGUCAAGAUCAAUUGCCACGGCUUUGGAUGUUUUCCCUUUUAAUUCUGUCCAUGUGUCCGAGGAAGUUAGAGACCAGGUUGUGUUGUUGAUGAGGCAAGCGAGGAAUGCAGUGUUUGAAGUUGAGGUUGACGAUAAAAAGGCUUUGACUUGUGUUAGGUCGGUUUUGACCAGGUUUGAGAACCGGGUUGAACCGAAUGAGGGUGAUCUAAGGUUGGUUCUUGAUUAUAUUGGGGUUAGGAAGUGGAGUGAGUGUAACAAAGAGGUGAAGUUUCUUGCUGCUGAAAUUGGGUUUCAGAGUAACAGUGAGGAGAAGUCAAAGGUUGGAUUUUUAUGUAGCUUGAUGGGGUUCAUGUGCUAUUGUAGGUGCUUGGUGAUGGAAGUUGUUGAUGGUGAAGGUGGUAACAGCAACCCAAAACCUGAAGCCGGAAGAAAAAUCAGUGUUGAAGAUGAGAAAAUUCUGAGUGGGCUCAACCCUGAUGAUUUUAGAUGUCCAAUCUCUCUAGAGCUGAUGAGUGAUCCAGUGACUAUAGAAACAGGUCACACUUAUGAUCGUUCCUCAAUUCUCAAAUGGUUCAGGAGUGGGAAUGCAAUAUGUCCCAAGACAGGUAAGAGACUUAUAAGCACGGAAUUGGUCCCAAAUUUGGUGCUUAAGAGGCUGAUUCAGCAGCAUUGCUAUGUUAAUGGCAUUCCUUUUAUUACCGAUUUGGGUAAAAGGAAGAGUGGCGACAUCACUAGGACAUUGCAUCCAGGGAGUUUUGCUGCAGAGGGUGCCAUGAAGAUGCUUGCUAGUUCUCUCAGUGCCAGGCUUGAGAAUGGAACAGCCAUUGAAGAAAAGAACCGAGCCGCGUUUGAGAUGAGGCUUCUUUCCAAAACAAGCAUUUUUAAUAGGUCUUGUUUGGUGGAAGCCGGUUCGGUUUCUCAUUUGUUGAAGAUGUUGUCACUUAGGGAUUCGUCAGCGCAAGAGAAUGCCAUUGCAGCACUUCUGAACCUCUCAAAGUACCCCAAGAGUAGAGCUCUAAUGGCUGAGAGUUUGGGGUUAGCACUCAUUGUUCGGGUCCUGAAGAACGGGCUAAAGAUUGAAGCUCGCCAGCACGCUGCCGCGGUGUUGUUCUACCUUGCAUCAGAUGCUGAGUAUAGGAAACUGAUAGGAGAGGAACCAGACGCAAUUCCUUCAUUGGUGAGGCUGAUCAAAGAUGGUUCGGAUCGCACCAAAAAGAAUGGCUUGGUUGCAAUGUAUGGCAUCCUCAUGAACCAACAUGAGAACCAUAAGAGGGUACUUGCUGCAGGGGGAAUCCCUUUGCUUAUUGACAUAUUAAGAACAUGUGAGAAAGAAGAUCUUCUCACAGAUUCACUAGCGAUUCUGGCAACUCUCGCAGAGAAGAAUGAUGGAGCAAUGGCGAUUCUUCAAUGGGGAGUUCUGCAUAUAGCUGUUCAGAUUCUUAGUUCUUCCACUUCAAGGAUGGGGAAGGAGCACUGUGUGACUCUGCUGCUUUCUCUAUCAAUGCAUGGAGGAGUGGAUGUGGUUGCUGAUUUGGUAAAGAGCACUUCGCUUAUGGGGUCCUUAUAUUCCCAACUCAGUGAAGGCACAUCUAGAGCAAGCAAGAAGGCCAGUGCCCUCAUCAAGGUCCUCCAUGAUUUUUCUGAAAGGAGGUCCUCUGGCUUCAAGCCUUCAGUUAUUCCACAAGAACAAUUUGUUCACGUGUGGUAAAACCCAGUAUUUUUUACUCACCUGGGUAUUCUUUUAUUUCUUUAAGUAUCAAUUGUAGAUACUGUUGUAAAGUAAAUGUGUUGUAAACUUGUAACAUUUCUUGGUCUUUCCACUCAUGAAUAUAUUAGCUCACAUUUUAAAGAGCUAAUAAAUUUGUCAGCUUCUGUUUUUUAAUGAAGCUGGCUAUUCAUUUGUAAGUAUGAAAGAAAAAAGUUUGUA